AUGGCGGACCCAUUCGACCGGCGUCUGCCGGAAAUAACGCCCCUGUCGCCGAUACGCCUACACCAUGAUCCCGCGGCCGGCGCUCUUCCCGAAGCUCUCCGCUCGACCUCGAGCAUACGAACCCGGCUGAGUUCGACCUAUAGCCGCGGCGGCGCCUCGAUAGCCGGCGACAAGACGUUUCUGGUGGGCGAGAAGGGCGAAGAGGUGGAGGAGGAUAUAUUUAAACCAUUUCCGCCGCAGGAGGGCAUACCGCACGAAGAGAACCCUCUCACUGUGAGAGCGGUGGCCGUGGGGAUCCUUCUCGGGCCUCAAAACCGGAUUCACUUUUGGCGCCUCCCUCUUCGGAGCCAUUUUCGGCUUCGGCAUAAUAAAAGCUCUCACCCGGCUCUUCCCCACGACCCCCAUCUCGGCGGCGGUUCCGUCUUCGGCCCCCAGGAGAAUAGCAUCAUCCAGGCCGCGGCGGCUGGCGCCGGCGGCAUGACGGGCCUUUUCGUCGCCGCUCUUCCGGCCAUGUACCAGCUGGGCCUGCUGUCAGAUCGGCCGAUCGACGACUUUGGCCGCAUUUUGACGCUGACGCUCGUGUGCUCCUUCUUUGGGCUCUUCUUCGCGGUGCCGCUACGGAAAUUCUUUGUGAUCAAUGUGGCGAGGGAGUUACGGCUUGUCUUUCCUUCUCCGACGGCCACCGCCGUCACCAUCCGGUCCAUGCACGCGGUCGGCAGCGGCGCCGCGGACGCGAUGAAAAAGAUCAAGGCCCUGGGCAUCGCCUUUUCCGCAUCGCUAUGCCAUCGCGUGGCAUCCUACUACGCCCCGGGAAUCCUCUACGACUGGCACAUCUUUACGUGGUUCUACAUCUGGAGCGGCCACACUAACGCGGCGCUGGCGGUGGAGAACUGGGGAUGGAUGAUUGAGUGGACGCCCGCCUUCAUCGGUUCCGGGAUGCUGGUGGGACUCAACGUCGGCAUCUCCUUCUUCGCCGGGUCGGUUCUCGCGUGGGGCAUCAUCGGGCCCCUCCUCGUGACGACGGGGAGUGCCAUGGCCGAGUUCCUCGUGCACGUCAAGGUCGUGUGGCUCGGGUUCAAGUUUGCGUACAAGAACGCGUGCGGGCAGCUCCUCGGCGUCCUCGAGAAGCGCAACGGCGGUAUCGGCGGCCCGGGCAGCGCGUUCUUGGCGCGGCAGGCUCGCCGGACGGAGGGCGACGCGAGCUCGCUGGUGGAGGACUUUGCCGGGCCCGAGGACCAGGUGCCCGGCUGGGUGUGGGCGACGGGCAGCGCGGCCAUGGUGGUGGUGGCCGCCGUGGUGUGCAAGGUGCAGUUCGACAUGGGGGUGGAGCUGGCCGUGCUCGCGUGUCUGCUCGGCGUCGUCUUCGCCUUCUUGAGCAUCCACGGCGGGGCGGUGACGGACAUCACGCCGCUGACGGCGUCCAGCAAAGCCUCGCAGCUCGUCCUCGGCGGCGUGACGUCGGGCCAGGGCCUCACCGUCGCGGGCGCGCAGCGGGCCAACCUCAUCGCGGGAGGCAUCGCCGCGGGCGCCGCCGACGUCUCCACGGCACUCGUCUCCGACUUCCGCGUCGGGUUCCUCCUCCGCACCCCGCCCGUCAAGCAGUUUUACGCGCAGGCCGUCGGCACCCUCGUGGCCAUGUUCCUCGCCCCCGGCAUCUUCGUCCUCUUCAUGGCGGCCUACCCGUGCGUGAUCCACCCCGAGGAUUUCCCCGACGACUUCGUCUGCCCCUUUGCCGCGCCCUCGGUCGUCGCCAAGCACUUUUUCCUCACGGGGCCGCGCGAGCGCUACCGGCAGUGGCUGCCCAACUGGAUGUCCAUCGGCAUCGCUUUCGUCAUCCCCGCCACCGUGUACGCGACCGCCACGCUGACGGGGGCCGUCGUCGCGCACUUUUGGCGCCGCAAGUGGCCGGCCAACUUCGGCAUGUACUGCUUCGCCGUGGCGGCGGGCAUGUUGGCGGGCGAGGGCCUCGGCGGGGUGGUCGGCGCGGCGCUGGAGCUGGCGGGCGUGUCUGGAAGCGUGCUGGGGACUAUGAGAACAUUGGGCGCCGAGAAGGAUGAUAACGCUGGACCUGCGUCCUCGGACCCCUUUACUUUUGUUCGCCGCCCGGGCGGGAGCCGUCUCGAUUGCUACCUCCAGCGGCUUCAACCUCAUCGUGAUCCCCGUGAUCCCUCCCUGCCCAUCAGCUCCUUGGGUACUUUGCACACCGGGGCCGGGCAGAACCGCGUGUCCGUCCUCCCUGUCUCGGACCCGAGCUCGUCGGCGUCCUCUGGCCGACAGCUUCUGACACUGGUCCCCUUAUCGUCGUCUUCGUCUUCGUCCUCGACCUCGGAGGCCGACGCCAAGGCGGCUCUCCCUGCCGCCGACUAUAUCCCCGCUAGCGUGAACGAGACGGCAUCUGCCGACCAUCAUCGUCGCCAAGAAGACGAUCUGGCGAAGGACGCUAAUGCCAAUAACGCCACGAAGCCUGCCUCGUCGACCACUACUAGCGCUGGAGCCAUCGACCUUACCGUGUCCGGCGCGACUAGCGGCCUGACCAUCGACUUGGCCGAGCUCGCCUCCGCCGGCUCUGCCGCCGUUCCCUUCCUCCACUAUCCCGACACCGACUUCAUCGCCUGCAGCGACGUCACGGUCGGGAACCUCCCCGGCACCUGGGACGUGCUGAACUGGGCUCCCGCCAACGCCGGUUCCACCACCUCGACCACCUCCGCCGGCAAGCGCCGCUUCGUCAAUUUUGCCGCCUUGCCCGGCGGGGACUACGUGCCCAUCGAGAAGACCCACCAAGGCGUGGCCCAGAAAGACGGCGACGCAAAGGCCAAGGCCGUGUCUGCCAAAUUUGGCAAUACGGGCGCUGUCCCAGGAAAGGAUUGCGAACCCGAGACUUCAUCCGCUCCAGAACCCGAGGUUCUGUCCGAGGGACCGUGCUCAUCUAGCACGUUGAGUGGCGCCUCGGCGGGCUCGUCCGGGAUGCCGACGUCAUGUGCCACGCCGAAUGACCCCGCGGCGGUUCCAUCCGGAACGUCGUCUUCACCGAGCGCCUCAGGUGGCGCCUCCAGUGGAACCCCUGACACGGUGGUAGUUCCGUCCGGAACACCGUCUGCAGCUGGCACUCCAGGCGAAGCAUCCGGGGCGGCGUCUUCGGCUGGAAACUCGGGCACGGCAACCACGACAGCUAAUGGGUCGGCAGGCGAUGCUCCUUCACCUUUCGGGAACCAGACUAGAACUGUGAUCCAGUCCACGACCUUCGCGACCUCCGCCACGGCCCAAGCUCCUGCUUCUUCCCUCGGGUCUGCCGCUCCUGCCAGUUCUGCCGCCUCCUCCUCUUCCUCGUCCUCGUCCUCGUCCUCGUCCACUACCAUCGACACCUGCCCAAUCGUCGACAUCGUCCCCCUCUGCGCCGAUCUCCCCGCGCUUGCCGAGGACGCUCUCGGCUCCCACCACUUUGUCCGCGACGUCUGGUGCUUCGAGACCAUCGAGGAUAUUCUUGAGGCCUUUGGUCGCUCUUAG